AUUCUCGUCACUGAAUCAUGGUCCAAUGUCUCUCUUAAGGUUGCAGCCAUAGAAAGAGAAAGAGAGAAAAUGGGUCUCAUCUCAAUGCAAUUCAUGUUCUGAAAAUCGAAAGCUUUCCCAAAAGAAAAGUUGUGCUAAAGAUGCCAGGGAAACCUGACACUGAUGACUGGCGUGGAGAGCAGAUUCAGUUUCAAACUUCCGUUUACUCUCAUCAUCAACCUUGGUGGCGUGGAGUCGGGGAAAAUGCCUCCAAGUCACCUUCAUCUGUUCACUUAAAUGGUUCAAUCAUGAAUGGUGUCACAGGGUCCGAGACCAAUGAAGAUUUGGCUGAGAGGGUUGAUUUCAAUAGGCAAAGGCAUCCUAUGGUUUCUCCUUCACUCUCUGGAACUGAUAAGUCAGGUGGGGGAGUUGCCAAAGAGUACCAAAGCAUCAAGGAUGCCAUGUCCUCAACCCCAUUUACAGUGGGCAAACACAUUGGUCCAAAUUCCCAGAUGGAAUUUGUUGGUCAUUCAGUUGUUUUAACAUCUCCUUAUUCAGAUGCACAGUAUGGUCAAAUCUUGACUACUUAUGGGCAGCAAGUUAUGAUAAACCCUCAGGUAUACGGAAUUCAUCAUGCUAGAAUGCCUUUGCCACUUGAAAUGGAAGAGGAGCCUGUAUAUGUCAAUGCAAAGCAGUAUCAUGGUAUUUUGAGGCGAAGACAGUCUCGGGCAAAGGCUGAGCUUGAAAAGAAAGUGAUUAAAGCUAGAAAGCCAUAUCUUCAUGAAUCCCGUCACCUACAUGCUAUGAGAAGGGCAAGAGGUAACGGUGGUCGCUUUCUUAAUACAAAGAAGCUCGAAAAUAACAACUCUAAUACCACUUUAGAUAAAGACAACAGUAUUGGUGCAAACCCUUCAACAAAUUCACCUGCCACUCAACAUUUUCUUACCAACAAUGAGAAUCUAGGCUCAUCACAUGCAUCACAGUGCAUAGUUCAAGACAUGCACAGGAUGCAUAGUUUCAAUAUUGGUUUCCAUGACGGAAAUGGUCUUUCAGCACUGUACCAUUCACAAGCAAAUGGAAAAAAGGAAGGAGGUUACUUUGGUAAAGAGAGGGAUCCUAAUGGGGCUGUUAAAUAACACUUCCCUCAGCCAUACAGCAACAGUUAGGUGAAGACGAAGGACGUUAUUUCAUCCAACUUAUGAUGCUGUAUUGAAGGCAAUUCAUUCUUGGCUCAGUUGAUUACAGUGGUGAGAUCAGUGAUAUGGUGCACUCUAUGCCUUGUUUAGUCUCCCAUCUUGUUCUGUUUCUCUUGGCAAGUCCAUUUGUAAAAUGGAUGACAGAAAGAAAAGGAAAACUGCUUUGGUUUGAGAACUUUUUUAAGUUUAUAUUCUAAACUCUAUGUGAAGGUUCGUAUAACUGUAUACUGACUUGUGUGACUUACUCCACAAAACCUUAAAAAUUUCAUCUAUUUUGUCCGGUCUCCUUCCACAC